AUGUCAACCCAAAUCAACUAUGCCGCCCUCAUUAAAGACCAUAUUUUAAUCGGCCCAAACUAUGUUGACUGCAGGAGGAACAUCAAGUUACUCCUGUCUGCAGAAGGUCUAAUGUCUGUCCUGGAUGAAGAAGAACCUGAAUUUUUCAAUGAGGAAAAACCUGAAUCUAAAGCGGUCUAUGAGUUAUUUCAUCAAAAAAACUCUAAGGCCAAACUCCUCGUGUUAAGUUCUCUGAAAAAGACCAUCGUUGAUUCUGUCAAGGAUUUGUACUUGACAAAGGAUAUGAUGGAGGAAUUGAAGGAGAUGUAUGGGAGAGAAGAAAGACAUAUCCAUCAUCAAUUGGUGACACUCCUCUAUGGCACGAAGAUGGCUCAAGGAACUCCAAUUAUAGAUCAUGUGAUGAAAAUGCGAAACUUGUUCCAAGAUUUGGAAAACCUUGGGAUGUCCUUCAAACUGAAUUAUAAGACGGAUGUCAUCUUUUACUCUUUGCCUUAG